CGGCGGGGAGGAGCGCGCGGCUCGGCGCCAGGCUCAGCCGGGGCUCCUCGGCGGCCGCGGCCAUGACGCAGGGUCCGGGUGGCCGCGCGGCCCCCGAGCCCGAGGCGCCCACCACCUUCUGCGCGCUGCUGCCGCGCAUGCCGCAGUGGAAGUUCGCGGCGCCCGGCGGCUUCCUGGGUCGCGGUCCGGCGGCGGCGCGCGCAGCGGGGGCGGCAGAGGCACAACCCGAGCCCGGGGUCCCCGCGCUGGCCGCCGUGCUGGGCGCCUGUGAACCGCGCUGUGCCGCGCCCUGCCCGCUGCCCGCGCUUGGCCGCUGCCGGGGUUCAGGGGCGCGGGGCGCGCGGGGGACCCCCGACGUCGCCGACGAGUGGGCGCGUAAGGGCGGCUUCAUCCACAAGCCGGCGCACGGCUGGCUGCACCCCGACGCUAGGGUCCUGGGGCCCGGGGUCUCCUACAUCGUGCGGUACAUGGGCUGUAUUGAGGUGCUCCGAUCCAUGCGGUCUCUGGAUUUCAACACCCGAACGCAAGUGACGAGGGAAGCCAUCAGCCGGCUCCAUGAGGCCGUGCCAGGUGUCCGGGGCUCCUGGAAGAAGAAGGCCCCCAACAAGGCGCUGGCCUCCAUCCUGGGGAAGAGCAACCUGCGCUUCGCUGGCAUGAGCAUCUCGGUGAACAUCUCUGUGGAUGGCCUCAACCUCUCUGUUCCUGCCACCCGCCAGAUCAUCGCCAACCACCAUAUGCAGUCAAUCUCCUUCGCUUCCGGCGGAGACACGGACAUGACUGAUUAUGUGGCCUACGUGGCCAAGGACCCCAUCAACCAGAGAGCCUGCCACAUCUUGGAAUGCUGUGAGGGUCUAGCCCAGAGCAUCAUCAGCACUGUAGGCCAAGCCUUCGAGCUGCGCUUCAAGCAAUACCUGCACAGUCCCCCCAAGGCCGUAGUGCCCCCCGAAAGGCUGACAGGGCUGGAGGAGUCGGCCUGGGGUGACGAUGAUGAGGCCGCGGACCACAAUUACUACAACAGCAUUCCGGGGAAGGAGCCACCCCUGGGUGGGCUGGUGGACUCCAGGCUGGCUGUCACACAGCCCUGCACACUGGUCCCACUCGGGGGCCUCGGACAGGGAAUGUCACCUGCACGGAGAGAUGCCCGUGGCUUGCCUUGGGACAUGGGUCCCUCUGGAGUAGCCCCACCUGGGGAUGGCUAUGUGCAGGCAGAUGCUCGAGGGCCACAUGACUACGAGGAGCACCUGUAUGUCAACACCCAGGGCCUGGACGCCAUGGAGCCCGAGGACAUUUCUGAGGCACCUCUGCUGCCUGAGGACAGCCCGAAGAAGGACCUGUUUGACAUGCGACCCUUCGAGGAUGCCCUGAAGCUGCACGAGUGCUCGGUGGCAGCAGGCAUCGCUGCAGCCCCGCUCCCUUUGGAGGACCAGUGGCCUAGUCCCCCUACCCGCAGGGCCCCCAUUGCACCCACAGAGGAGCAAUUGAGGCAGGAGCCCUGGUACCAUGGACGCAUGAGCCGUCGGGCUGCGGAGAAGCUGCUUCGUGCCGACGGGGACUUCCUCGUGAGAGACAGCGUCACCAACCCGGGGCAGUAUGUCCUCACAGGCAUGCACGCAGGGCAGCCCAAGCAUCUGCUGCUGGUGGACCCCGAGGGCGUGGUGCGGACGAAAGACGUGCUGUUUGAGAGCAUCAGUCACCUCAUAGACUACCACCUGAAGAACGGCCUGCCCAUCGUGGCUGCGGAGAGCGAGCUGCACCUGCGCGGAGUGGUCUCCCGGGAGCCAUGAGCCAGGUGAUGGUCCUCAGCCCAGCUCCUACCCCCAAAGGCCCUUGCCAUGGCCUUGAGGGCUCAGCCUUUCUUUUGGACCUUGAAACCACCAGAAACAGAAUGGCCAUCAUUUCUCCUUCCGCAUGAGCCUCAGGAAGCCACCCUUUCCUAGCUGCGCUCGGCUGGCUGGGCCAGUGAGAGAGUCAGAGUCCAAGCCCCUGGUCCUGCCUGGGCCUCCACCCUGAACUUGGGUGAGGUAGUAUAAACCAAAGACUGACCGAGUCGCCUUUAACAAAGACACCCCAGAUGCAGGCCCUGCCUUCGGUUCCCCGUGGGGCAGAGACAUCAGGCUGUGUCCACAGAAUGACGUGUGGGCAGGUGUAGAUUCCUGCCCUGGCUGGGCUCUGAGGACCCAGAUGCUCUGUUGCCUUUGGGGGGUGGGGGGUCAAGGUGCUUUUGGGUCUCAAACCCCUGCUGGGGGAGCAGCCUUGAGGCUCACCUGGAAUGGUAGGGCAUCCAGGUGAGUUAGAGGCAGAGGAACCUCACUGAGGUGUGGCGUCCACUCAGCACCCCCUGGCUGUUACCUGCCUGGACCUUCAACUGUAAUUAAACACAGCGUUAGACGUGAGUCUGCUGUGCCUGUGUGGACCUGCCAGGGUUCCCGGGGGGAUAACUGAGGUUGAGGAGGAAGCUGUGCUGAGUCCUGGGGCUGGAGCGCCUGUGGGGUCUGACCACUCCACAGUCCCCCACCCCACCCCGUGCCCCGGCUCUCAAGAAGCCUACGAUUUUAUUCCAAGAACAAGCAGGCCUUUCUCUGUUCAGUGUUACCCCAGCCCCUUCUUGGAAUCACUGUGGCUUACCUCCUAGGGGCCCCACCUGAAUGAAUGGCCUCUGCACACGGGGCCCCUAGGGAGGACUGGGUACCUCUGUGUGGUGUUCUGGAGUCCAUGCCAGGGAGGGCGUGGGAGUAAGAGCUUCCAUCUGCUCCAAACAUGAGACACCAAUAAAGGCAGAGUUACAGAUCA